UCAGUUACGUUUUGAGUGCAACUAACGUAGUUUAAAUCCAUUAAAAAAUGCUAAAAAGUGACUAGUGAGUUAACGUUGUUCAUACAUACGUGUAAUUUUUAAAUAUAUGUGAUCGAUAAUACGGGAAUAUACUCGUUAUGCGCGUUUUUAUCUCUUCAGUGCGAAAAAUGAAGUAGACUCAUACACUAGGUUAUGUCUGAAAAGCGUACAAGCGCGGGGCUCCUUGCUCCUCAGCUUACCUGCCAAAGCUCGCCAGGCCCAGCAGCAACAGCACCUCCCCUCCCUCCACCAGCUUCACCUCCCCGUAUCGUGUCAGCUCCCGUUCCGCAGCCACCACCCGAGCCUAUACCCCAACCAGCCCACGAAGACGGCGUGAGAUUACGCCGUGCGCAUACGGUUGCAGUCCGGGAUUACCUUAAACGAGAAACUCAAACAUUCUUUGGUGUUCAGAGAGAUAAUGAAACAGAACAAAGGCGGUUAUGGUACGAAAGAAGGAGACGGCAUGCGGCGCGUGCGCUCGGCGACCUUAGGCUCGACUUACCACCCGAUCACCAUCCUGAUGUCGACGAUAUUAGUAUGUAUGGAGCGUCCGGAGCGGCACCGAGAGAGGCGCGGGGGCAAACGCGAGAGCGGCCCGAUGUUCUACCUGCGCCGGCGCCGCUCGAGCCUCCAACGUCUGUCCCCUCUCGCCUUGGGAAGGACAGCGUGGCACGGCUCACUCUUACCGGACUCUCUUAUGUUGUUACUGCGGUUACAAGACGCUCACGCCAGUCAACGACAACGCAAUGGUCACGUUCGUUUCGAGGCAGCGCGAGCAGUCCACACGACGACGUCGACGUAGAUGACGUAUUCUUUACCCCUCAAGCCCUGACCUCACCACUAAAUCAACAUCAUCACGACGAAGAUAAUGUUGAUGGAACCAAAAGUGCCCGUUCUCCAAUCCGGUCGUCAAGCGUGGAGUACAGAAGGCCAGAGAGGAGUGUACAGUGGGGUGCGGGUGGCGUUCGCAUCCAUACCCCCAUGCUAGAACCCUUGGCAGACAAUUCAAAUAGAAGGCAGUUUGGGAUGGGCGUUGUUGGCAGAUUUUUCCGUCGAUCCCUUCGCAAAUCUGUGACGCAUCAGGAAGAGAUUGCUCAGCAGUUGGACGAACUAACGGACUACAGGCCAUAUUUUACGUGGUGGGUUAGUACGGUACAGACGCUGGUGUUGCUGCUUUCACUCCUCUGCUACGGAUUUGGUCCAGUCGGCUUUGGAAGACAUACACAUUCGGGACAAGUCCUAGUGAAGAGCCUCAGUUUACAGCAGGUUGAAUGGGAGGAACCAGCUUCAUUUUGGCUGGGACCUCGAGCGGCAGAUCUUAUACAUUUAGGGGCUAAAUUCGCACCGUGCAUGAGGAGGGAUGCUAGGAUCGCGCGUGCAAUAGCUGCCUCAGCAAGACGGGAGCGGGAUACGGCAUGUUGCAUACGAAAUGACGACUCAGGUUGUGUGCAAUCUUCCAAGGCCGAUUGUUCGAUUAGAGGAUUAGUGUCCAAGAAUACAAUAUCUACGUGGAAGAAAUGGUCUUCAGGAGAAUCAGGGCCAGGUGGUCGAAUAUCGGGCUCAGUUUGUGGAUUGGAUCCUAAGUUUUGUGAAGCACCGCGAUCAAUAGCUCCACACGAGUGGCCAGAUGAUAUAACGAAAUGGCCAAUUUGCCGCAAGUCUGUUUUGGAUGGCUCAGCUGCUGCCGGUCGUGCUGGACACGCGGCAGAGCAUAUGGCAUGCGAGGUCAUCGGCCACCCCUGCUGUAUAGGUGUACACGGCCAGUGCGUCAUAACUACGAGAGAGCAUUGCGAUUUUGUUAAGGGUUAUUUUCACGAAGAAGCUUCGUUGUGUUCACAAGUGUCUUGCUUAGACGAUGUCUGCGGUAUGUUGCCGUUUAUGCGGAGACGUCGUCCUGACCAGUUGUACCGAGCAUGGACGUCAUUGUUUGUACAUGCUGGCUUGUUACAUUUAGCAGCCACUCUUGCACUGCAGUGGCUCUUCAUGAGGGACUUGGAGAAGAUGGCAGGUCCAGUGAGAUUAGCAGUCAUCUAUCUGGGGAGUGGCGUCGCUGGUAAUAUGGCGUCAGCUAUCUUUGAGCCGUAUAGAGCAGAGGUGGGUCCAGCAGGUUCGCAUUUUGGUCUACUCGCGUGCUUAAUAGUGGAAGUUAUUGGCGCAUGGCCACUUCUGAAACAUCCUCGACGUGCUCUCUUGAAGCUUGUGGGUAUCGCGUUAGCUCUCUUUCUUCUGGGCCUUUUGCCUUGGAUCGACAAUUUUGCCCACGUGUUCGGUUUCGUAUUUGGUUUUCUGCUCUCGUACGCACUGCUGCCUUUUAUAACGUUUGGGCCUUACGAGAGACGGAGGAAGAUAGUGCUGGUGUGGGUGUGUCUAGUGUCGGCGGCGGCGAUGCUGUGCGCGCUAAUAGCGUUGUUCUACGCAGCACCGGCGUAUGAGUGCGCAGCAUGUGCAUAUUUCACGUGUUUGCCGUUCGCGCCGGACAUGUGCGCGUCACAGGACGUGCGGGUGCGACAGCUGGAUGGCGUAUGACGGCGCGCGGCCCGGGCGCCCCCGCCGCCGCCGCCCCCUCACCCCGCGCCCCAUGCGCGCCCCGCGUCUCUCCAGGCCUGCCGCCGCGUCGCACAAGCAUAAAUCGCUAAGGCGAUCAGUUUUGUCCAAAAUUGGUACUAGUAAGUCACGUGUAAGCGUUUUAUGAUAUUGCGUACUUAUUUGUCCUGAAAAUUGAAAAAAAGUUGUCAUACGUCCUAUGAAUAAAUAACAGUUGAAGUUGAUUAAAACAAAUAUAAAGUGCUAUAAUGCUAUUAUCUCAUGAAAUUAUCGUUGGGUUUUUAUUUGAUUUUGAAAUGUGUGCACAAAAUCAUUAAUAUUCUUUUAAAUUUUGUCUCAUUCGAAGAUUUGUAAAGGUUUCUCGAUUGUAAAUUAUAUAUUGUGUUCUAAUGAUUUAUUUCACAUAAUCAUUAUCAAAUCUUCUAAUAAAUAAUCGAAAGUGUUAAUGAUGAAUGUUCCAUUUUUUCCAAUUUUCCAAUUUUCCAUGACGUCAUAUUUUUUCAUCAAUUUUUUUACGGUUGUUGUUAUAUGUGGUCAAAACUGAUCGUAUGCAGCGGUAAAGUCUCACUGCCAUUGCCAUCCUGUGACGACACAGUAUUAUAACGCUCAGUAUGCGAUGCUCAACAUAAGUUCGACUGCAAUGAAUCGAAUGUAAAAAACGUUAUGAAUGAUUUAUAUUGUCACAAAUGUCGAAACGAUGCACAAUCAUUAUACGAGAAAUAUUUUUUUUAAUCAAUUGACUAUCCGUAAUCGUUUUAUUGUAUUGCGUUAUAUUGUGAAGCUAAAAAUAUUAUAAACUUCACGUACGGUGGAUAAAGUUCAACUAGAAGCACUUUUAAUUGUUUUUUCCAUAUUACUUGUUCUAGUGUUGCCAGUGCUUCUAGGUGAACAAGGCUUACCAACCCUUAAAUGUGAUAAAUUACCCAUGGGUUAGUACUCUAUGGUACAUUGAUGAGUAUAUUAAUUUACUUGUAUAUAAUCUGUAAAAUAUACAUCAAUACGAAUCCUAUUUAAGCUGUAUUUAUAUUAAGAAUAAUAUUACUUUUUGUCUGGCUUGCCUUUUACGGGAAUAAAAUUUAACACGAAUUUUCUUUAUUACUUUAUUUAAUAUAUCUUUUAUUAAAUAGAUUCCUGUGUUCAUGAAAAUUAAAAAUGUUAUUAA